AAAUGUAAUACUGGUCUUCGAAUUCUCAUUUCACUCCUCGGUUGAAAUAACACAUUCGUUGCCGGUGCUUUUAAAGGCCUCUCGAGCAUCGCCUUCGAUUUACUUCUCUAAGCUCUCGUCGCUGGAUCUGGUGAAUUUUGAGGAGUGGUUUGUUUCCAGAUUUCAUUUUACUAAUCGGUAGUGGUUGUUGGGAUUGAGAGGAACAAGAUGGUUGUACUCGCUGCUUCUAUAAUCAGCAAAACUGGCAAAGUCCUUGUUUCAAGGCAGUUUGUGGAUAUGUCCCGUAUACGGAUUGAAGGGUACCUUGCAGCUUUUCCAAAACUGGUUGGAACUGGGAAGCAACACACUUAUGUCGAGACUGAAAACGUCCGUUAUGUUUAUCAGCCGAUAGAAACACUGUACUUGCUUCUUGUUACAAAUAAACAAAGCAACAUCCUUGAAGAUUUGGAGACACUGAGGCUACUCUCCAAACUUGUGCCUGAAUACUCUUACUCCCUUGAUGAAGAGGGCAUUGGCAAGACAGCUUUUGAGAUCCUUUUUGCAUUUGACGAAGUAAUUUCACUUGGGCACAAAGAAAAUGUUACAGUUGCACAAGUGAAACAGUAUUGUGAGAUGGAAAGUCAUGAAGAAAGAUUGCACAAGUUGGUCUUGCAAAGCAAGAUCAAUGAAACCAAGGAUGUCAUGAAGCGGAAAGCUAGUGAGAUUGACAAAAGCAAGAUUGAAAAGAAUCGGGGUGAGAAAGGAGGAUUUAUGUCCCUUCAGUCGAUGGGUUCUGGGAGAAUUGAUACUGGAUUUGGCAAUGACAGCACAAUAUCUAGUGGCACUGGCGGCUUUGGAAGUGGCCCAGGCUUUGGUUUACCUGAAGUUGAUUCAUUCUCCACUAAAUCGAAAGGCCGCCCUCCAGCAUCUGCUGCGGCUCCACCUAAAGGUCUUGGCAUGCAGCUUGGGAAAAGUCAAAAGACCAACCAAUUCUUGGAGUCUCUGAAAGCUGAAGGUGAAGUGAUUGUGGAAGAUGUUAGGCCGAGUAUUGGUCAGACUAAAGCAGCUGCUCCACCACCAACUGAUCCCGUGACUCUAACUGUCGAGGAAAAGCUUAAUGUGACUAUAAAACAGGACGGUGGUAUUGGAAACUUUGAUUUACAGGGCACAUUGUCUCUCCAGAUACUUAACCAAGAUGAUGGGUUCAUCCAAGUUCAGAUUGAAACUGGUGGUAACCCAGGAAUUAUAUUUAAAACCCAUCCAAACAUCAAUAAGGAAUUGUUUUCUGGUGAUAGUAUAUUGGGUCUUAAGGACCCAAACCGUCCAUUCCCUACUGGCGACGGUGUUAGUCUGUUGAAGUGGAGAAUGCAAAGUGCAGAUGAGUCACUUGUCCCAUUGUCAAUCAACUGCUGGCCUUCUGUUUCUGGGAGUGAAACAUAUGUGAACUUGGAGUAUGAAGCUUCCUCAAUGUUUGAUCUGCAGAAUGUUGUAAUCUCGAUUCCUCUUCCAGCUCUUAGAGAAGCACCCAAAGUUCAGCAGGUCGAUGGCGAAUGGAGAUACGAUGCCAGAAAGUCAGUCCUGGAGUGGACAAUUGUGCUCAUCGACAACUCCAAUCGCAGUGGAGCCAUGGAAUUCGUGAUUCCUGCAGUGGAUACAUCGACCCUCUUCCCGAUCUCCGUGCGCUUGACUUCCGCAGGCACUUUCAGUGAUCUCAAGGUUGUGAACGUGGUGCCACUGCGCGGCGGCAAUCCGCCCAAGUACUCCCAAAGAACACUGCUGACUACUGAAAACUACCAGGUUGUCUGAUUUUGGUAUAUUUGUGUUCUUUUGUUUUGAAAAUUGGCAAUGUCAUGUGUUUUUUUUGCGUACUUAAGAUUUACAUAUAGCUGCGGAUGUAUUUUGGGGUGACUAUAGACGAGGCCGUACACAAGGAGAACACUUCUUUUAUUAUUAAUUUGGUUGUGAAAAUAUAAUAUUGUCUUUUGUUGUUGCUUAGUCCUAUAAAUUGGGGAUUUAGGCUUUAUUUAAUAUGUAUGAUUAUUUGUAUUAGUAUUAUAUCUGUUUGCUUAAUCUAGGCUUUAUUUAAUAUA